AUGAAGAACGCCCUACUAUUACAAGUUAAAGAGGGCAAAGGACCCAACAUCUUGAGACUAGAACAGGUGUUGGAGUUGCUGGAAGUUGUCCAGUUUAGAUCUCCUGAUACCACUAUAAAGCCUUCUCAGGUUCUUUCUGAGAUGAAGAAUGGCUUCCUUGCCGAGGAUAUUCUUGGUAAUCCUUCAACUUCUGGAAAGGAUGGUAUUUAUUAUUAUACGGAACGUGGUGACCGUUUGAUUGACCUAGCUUCAUUCCGAGACAAACUCUGGCAGAAAUGCAAUUUGGUCAAUUCCCAGCUAAGCUCCUUUGGCAGUGAAGUUGAGCUCAAUGAAGUAAGAGAUACUAUCCAACAGUUGUUAAGAUGGGGGUGGAAAUACAAUAGAAACCUUGAAGAACAAGCUGCCCAGCUUCAUAUGUUAACUGGCUGGUCUCAGAUUGUGGAGGUCUCUGCAUCCAGAAGAAUAUCAUCUCUUGAAAAUCGAUCUGAAAUAUUGUUUCAGUUGCUUGAUGCUUCUCUUAAUGCUUCUGGUUCUCCUGACUGUUCAUUGAAGAUGGCAUUAAUAUUGACACAGGUUGCUCUUACAUGCAUGGCCAAAUUGCGUGAGGAGAGAUACUUAUUCCCUGGUGCUUUGAACUCUGACACCGUCACGUGUCUGGAUAUUAUCAUGCCAAAGCAAUUGUCAAAUGGGGCCUGCCACUCAAUUUUGUUUAAACUUAUCUUGGCAAUUCUGAGACAUGAAUCAUCAGAAGCAUUGAGAAGACGCCAAUAUGCCUUGCUUCUUAGCUACUUCCAGUAUUGUCAGCAUAUGCUUGAUCCAGACGUUCCUACAACGGUUCUGCAGCUUUUGUUGAUUGAUGAGCAAGACAGUGAAGAUUUCGAUCUGCAGAAGAUUGACAAAGAUCAGGCUGAAUUGGCACGUGCAAAUUUUGCUAUUCUAAGGAAAGAAGCUCAAGCAAUCCUAGAUUUGGUAAUAAAAGAUGCAACUCAGGGCAGUGAAUCUGGAAAGACAAUGUCAAUCUAUGUUCUGGAUGCAUUGAUUUGUGUUGAUCAUGAUAAGUUUUUCUUGAGCCAACUUCAAAGCAGGGGCUUUUUGAGAUCUUGCCUGGUGAACAUCAGCAAUGUUUCUCAUCAGGAUGGUGGACAUUUGCUGGAUUCAUCGCAGUGGGCGUGUACCCUCGAGGCAGAACUUGGUCUAUUGGUGAGAAUUAGCCACAAAUAUGGGAAAUCAGGGGCCCAGGUUUUAUUUUCCAUGGGUGCUUUGGAGCAUAUUGCUUCAUGCAAGGCAGUCACCAUGCAAGUAAAGGGAAGCUUAUUGCAUGCUGACACCAAGUUUAGAAGACACAUCUCUGCCGGUGUUGAUAAACAACGAAUGAUUAUAACUCCAAUACUAAGAUUGGGUUUUUCUCUGACUUCAUUGCUCGAUACGUCCGAAUUUUUUGAGGUGAAGCAUAAGAUUGUUCGUGAAGUCAUAGAUUUUGUCAGAGAACACCAGUUGGUCUUUGAUCAAAUUCUUCGAGGAGAUGUUUGUAAUGCUGAUGAAUUUGCUAUGGAACAGAUAAACCUUGUCGUGGGCAUACUUAGCAAGGUGUGGCCAUAUGAAGAGAGUGAUGAGUAUGGUUUUGUUCAAGGGCUCUUUGGCAUGAUGCGUUCUCUUUUCUCACGUGAUUUAGAGACUCUUUGUCUGGCCCAAUCAGUGCCUUCUGAGGAGAAACCGAGAAAGUCAGAAGUGAACACAUUUUGGCUUUGCUUUAGCCUGAGCUCUUAUCUCUAUUUUCUGACCACAAAGAAAUCCGUAAGACUGCAGGUUUCCGAGAGUCCCACAAAUUAUCGUGCGCAUGCAGGACAGAAGCAGCCCACUUUGACUCUACUUGGUUUUCUUAUUCAUUCAGUGACUACUGCUCUUGACAGAGCUGCUGAGGAAAAAUCUUUACUUCUUAAUAAGAUUCAAGACAUAAAUGAGCUAUCGAGGCAGGAAGUGGACGAAAUAAUCAGUAUGUAUGCUCCGCGAGAUCGCGUGUCUACAUCUGACAGCAUACAGAAAAGGAGGUAUAUUGGAAUGGUGGAAAUGUGCCGCCUUGCUGGAAAUAGGGAUCGUCUUAUUACGCUCUUAGUUAUGCUUGCAGAGAAUGUGCUGAAUAUUAUCCUAAUCCAUCUCCAGGAUGGUUCUCAUACGGUUGAUUCUGGUCAAGUUAUGAUGAAAAUUACGUAUGGUAGCAAGCCCGACUCUGGAGAGGACUUAAACUUGCUAGGUGAAAAGUUAAUUCCAAAUUUAGAAAGACUUGAACUGCUAAGUGAGGAUAAAGUAGGUCACAGCCUGAAGGUAUUCCGCAGAUUGGUGAGUUCUCUGAAGGAAAUUUUAAUUCAGAAGUUGACUUUAUGAAACAGGAAAGUCUCCAAAGCCAUUGAUAUUGUUUCUGUAUCAUAGUUUCAUGUACGGUGGUGCUUCUGUAUGUAAUAAUAUAACAUUAAUUUAAAUGAUUUGUUUGCAUUGCAAUUGCAAUUGUACUUGUAAUGUAAUAAAUCAAAUAAUAUGCAAUUUUGUCAAUCCUUGUUACAUAAUUCUGUGACGUCUUCAUAUAAUCAUACCUGC